AAUGACAUUUUUACAUUAUUUGAUUAAAACUUAAAAGUGUUAAUUAAAAUGAAUAAAUACGACGACACAAUCAAAUUAGAUAUUUUUAAACCUCAGUCAACGUACCAAAAUGAUUAUAAAAAACUGCCAGUAGAAAGUCACAUCCCUGCAUCGCUUUGCAAAAAAACUCUAUAUGAUCUUGAUGGACACAAAAGGAAGCCAAAGCGAGACUACAUAUUUCAAGAUAAUGAAACAUUUACUCACUGGCGUCCAGAUGUUCAUAUUCCUUUUAAUUUACUUUGGAGACGUAAGGAAAUUAUCCACACCAACCCAUAUGAACCUUUUACCACACCAGUUAUACCGGAAAGUGCCGAUAAAGAAGAAGCAAUUAAGACCAGACCUCGCAUUUACAUGUCUCCAGCAAUAAGCAUGGAUGACAUUGAGGAUCCAGAAAUUCGAAAACUAAUAUGUGAUCACAUGUACACUUCAGAGUGGACGAAAGCAAUACAAGAAUCGGAAGUUCAAGCUACAAAACGACACAUUCCAAAUACAACAGUGGAAAUAAGUGGUGAUCCUGUACAACUUAAAGUUGAUCUGUUGCCUCCUCUACCUAACUCAUUUAACAAUAAAGGAAAAGCAUGGGAAAAUGAACAAAUUAAAAGUACUGUUGAUCCAACAAAAACAUUUUGGCAACACAAAGACCCACCCGUGAAAUGUGGUGCUUGCUUUGACAGAGUUAAAGGACUCGUUUCGGAAGAAACAAAACAACAAAUCAGUGAACUAAUUAAACACGAUAAACUACGACUUGCACAUGAUGCACCAAUACCCGGAUAUGCGGGGUAUAAGCCUCGAUUUUGUGGCAAUGUCUCACUUGCCAAAGUCGAUAUGCCUGUUGUACAUCCAUUCAUUUCUGUUACACAGGCCAUUACUAAACGGUACAACAUUGAGAAAUCCUAGUAGUCUAGCCCAGAUGUGUAGUAAAAUUCUUUGUUG